AUGACCACACCCGCCAUUCCCAAAUUCAGCCCUGGAGAAGCCGUCAACGAAGAAAAUGGCCUGAUCCACGGCGUCUCGGCGCAGGAACUGCAGAUUCUAGGGGAGCAAUGCUUUGAUGCGCGUGAGAGGGCUUAUUGUAAUCAAGUUUGCGUGAAAGAGGAAGAUGAGAGCGGAAAUACCAACACUAUAGAAUUAGGCCCUUACUCCCUCUUCCGCGUCGGCGCCUCCCUCCUCCUAAACACCUCGAAUCCCACCGCCCCAUCCACAACGCACAUUAUCACCGGCGCAAACGUGGAAAACGCAGCCUACCCCGUCGGCACCUGCGCCGAGCGCGUCGCCAUGGGCACAGCCGUAAUAGCAGGGCACCGCAUCGGCGCCUUCAAAGCCGUCGGCGUGACAACCGACAUUUUGGAUUUUUGCUCCCCCUGCGGCAUGUGUCGCCAGUUCCUACGCGAGUUUCUGCAGCUUGAAACCCCGAUUUUCAUGUUUAAUAAGGAGGGAAAGUGGAUUGUGAGGACGAUGGGCGAGUUGUUGCCGCUCAGCUUUGGGCCGGAUGUUUUGCCCCCGAGGGAGGAGUUGAGGAAGGGGCAGGAGGGGGAUAAGGCGAAGACUGCGUAG